GUGACAAUGGACUUGUUGCUGGAGUUUGUGUUUGUUAUGAGAGGAAAGAGGUUGUAUUAACCUGUAUGUACUAGUGCGAGGAAAUCUCCAUCAUUAUCAGUUGUAAUAAUAUAUUAGGGUUAUUCACAUGCCAGAAAGAAGAGAAGCUCAGGAGCACAAAAGGAGGUUGUGGCCUGUUUUUAUUGUUCGUUAAAUUCCGUUUUGAAUUCUAAGAUGUGAGGUCCAUUCCUUAUGUUUCAGUGUGCCAAGACAAGUAGAUAGCAAUUUUGCUCUGAGAAGAUGGAUUUGAAGUGAUAUGGAAUCUAUCUUUUAUCAACAUACAGUACCAGCUCACUUCAGGUUCUUCAUUGUCUGAAUGAUUACCUCAUGUCUGUGCACUGGGACUGAUGAACUGAUUUCCAGUCUUAGACAGCACAACAUUCAGGGGCAGCAAUGUUUAGCACUACACAAACUUCCAAAACUCAGUUCCUGGACAAAGCCCGGGCUGCUCGAGAGGAGAGGAAAGGGCAGAAGGAGCGUGAACGAGCGACUAUUCAGAUUCAGGCGGUCGUCAGGAGGUACCUCUGCCGGUGUCGGCUGCUUCGAGAAAUCAGAUUGGAAGUUGAUGAUUUUUUUGAUACCUAUGAAGCAAAUUCAUCAAAAAGAAGUGCGCUCGCUAUAUUUAAAAUCACUAGGAAGUUUCUGUUUGUGUAUCGCAUGAAAGAAGAUAAAGAUAGACUGCAAAAGCUGUGUCGCUGUAUCCUUAACAGCAUGGAAGUAGAGAAUGAGUCCAAGGUUUGGUAUGUGUCAUUAGCACUCUCCAAAGAUCUCACCCUGCUAUGGAUAAAACAAGUUAAAGACCUCCUCUGGCUCUGCUGUGAGUUUCUGAAGCACUUGAAGCCUGAUAUUCUGCAGGACUGUAAGUUCAUCACAUUGUAUCUCACCAUGCUGGUCACAUUCACAGACACCUCAACCUGGAAAAUACUGAGAGGGAAAGGAGAAGUCCUGAGGCCUGCCAUGAAUCACAUCUGUGCAAACAUCAUGGGUCAUCUCAAUCAAAAGGGAUAUUACACAGUGCUACAGAUAUUGUUAACAAAUGGACUGGCAAGAUCCAAACCUUCUUUGUCUAAAGGAACGUUAACAGCUAUUUUCACCCUUGCAUUACGCCCGGUGGUUGCUGCUCAUUUCUCAGACAACCUGCUCCGUUCCUUUCUUCUGCACAUAAUAUCAGUCCCAGCACUGGUGACACAUCUGUCUACGUUAGUACCUGAGUGCAUGGCUAUGAUCCAUACCCAUGAGCUACUCCGGAAAUUCAUCCUGUUUUUAAGUCGAGAUGAGCAAUGUGGCGAUAUCUGCGUAUGCUUGGAGGGAAGCCAUACACUUUGUCUUCAGGGGAAUCUAAUUUAUCUGGCCUACCUGUCUGAGAAAGUUUUGGAGGAGGAGACACAACACUUGGUCAGUGUGUUGACUGCCAUGCUGUCGUAUUGCCAGAAGUAUGUAUCUCAGAAGAAGUCCAACCUGACACACUGGCACCCAGUACUGGGCUGGUUCUCGCAGACUGUUGAUUAUGGGUUGAACGAAGCAAUGCCUCUAGUCACCAAGCAGUUACAGUUCUUGUGGAGUGUGCGGGUCAUUCGUAUGCUGUUCCAUGAUGUGUUGAGCAAGAAACUGGUUGAGACCCAAGACAUGGCAAAUACUCAAUUCUCCAGUCCUUCAAACAACAUCCAUGUCAAAAAUCUCUUUAAACGGGCAUUUCAGAAGUCAGCCUCCAUGCGAAACAUUCUGAAGCCAGUGGGUGGGAAGCGUGUGGACUCUCCUGAGGUGCAAAAGGUCUGCAGUAUUUGUGUGCUAUAUCAGACCGCAUUGACUACGCUCACCCAGAUUCGUCUCCAGAUUCUCACAGGAUUGACCUAUUUGGAUGACUUGUUGCCCAAGUUGUGGGCGUUCAUUUGUGAGCUGGGGCCCCAAGGGGGUCUGAAGCUUUUCCUUGAGUGCCUGAACAAUGAUACUGAGGAAUCCAAAUCUCUUCUUGCCAUGCUGAUGCUGUUUUGUGACUGCUCACGGCACCUGAUCACGAUCUUGGAUGAUAUUGAAGUGUAUGAGGAGCAAGUCUCAUUCAAACUGGAAGAGCUGGUCACCAUCUCCUCCUUCCUGAAUAAUUUUGUAUUUAAAAUGAUCUGGGAUGGCAUUCAGGAAAAUGCCAAUGGAGAGCAACUGGAGCUAUUCCAUUCUGUUCAUGGGUGGCUCAUGACCCUGUACGAGCGAGACUGUCGACGGCGCUUUGCUCCCGAGGAUCAUUGGCUGCGCAAGGAUCUGAAACCUAGCCUGAUAUUCCAGGAUUUGGAUAAAGGGAAGAAGAGAGCUCAGUUACUAUUGCAGUAUAUCCCACACACAAUUCCACAUAAAAAUAGGGUGCUACUUUUCCGAAACAUGGUAACAAAGGAAAAGGAGUCGCUUGGAUUGGUGGAGACGAGUUCUGCAUCUCCUCAUGUCAUCCACAUUACAAUACGCAGAUCCCGAAUGCUUGAGGAUGGUUACGAACAGUUACGGCGUCUCCCUGUGAACACUAUGAAAGGAGUUAUCAGAGUGAAAUUUGUGAAUGAUCUAGGAGUGGAUGAGGCUGGGAUUGAUCAGGAUGGUGUUUUCAAAGAAUUUUUAGAAGAAAUCAUAAAGAAGGUUUUUGACCCUGCUCUGAAUCUCUUCAAGACUACCAGUGGAGAUGAGCGACUGUAUCCAUCCCCUACCUCUUACAUCCACGAGAACCACUUGCAGCUUUUUGAAUUUGUUGGAAAAAUGCUUGGAAAAGCUGUCUACGAGGGAAUUGUAGUGGAUGUCCCUUUUGCUUCCUUCUUCCUCAGUCAGGUACUUGGACAUCAUCAUAGUGCUUUGUACAGCUCAAUUGAUGAACUUCCGUCCCUGGACUCUGAGUUCUACAAAAACCUCACUUCCAUAAAGCGAUAUGAUGGGGACAUUGGUGACCUUGGUUUGACAUUAUCCUAUGAUGAGGAUGUUAUGGGUCAGCUUGUUUGCCAUGAGCUGGUGCCUGGUGGGAAGACUAUUGGGGUCACCAAUGAAAAUAAAAUCAGUUACAUCCACCUCAUGGCUCACUUCCGAAUGCACACUCAGAUUAAGGACCAGACGAUUGCUUUCAUCCGAGGAUUCCGAUCCAUCAUUAACCCAGAAUGGCUCCGUAUGUUCUCAACUCCAGAAGUGCAACGCUUAAUUGCUGGAGACAAUGCAGAAAUCGACCUGGAGGAUCUUAAGAAGCAUACUGUGUAUUAUGGUGGUUUUCAUGGUAGUCACCGUGUGAUCACAUGGCUCUGGGAUAUCUUGGCUCGUGACUUCACAGCAGAAGAACGAGCCAUGUUUCUUAAGUUUGUCACAAGCUGCUCUCGGCCACCACUCCUGGGUUUUGCAUACCUGAAGCCUCCCUUCUCCAUUCGAUGUGUGGAGGUGUCAGAUGAUCAGGACACUGGAGAUACACUGGGAAGUGUGCUUCGGGGUUUCUUUACUAUUCGUAAAAAGGAGCCAGGUGGUCGGCUGCCAACCUCUUCCACUUGCUUUAACCUCCUCAAACUACCUAACUACAGUAAAAAGAGCAUUCUGCGAGAGAAGCUCCGCUAUGCAAUCAGUAUGAACACUGGAUUUGAACUCUCCUAAUCACCAAACACAAUGUGAAUACACCUUUUGUGCUGUACAGGACUGCUGGGAUCAGAAAACUCUUGUCGCUCAAAGAAAUAUAAACAGUGGCUCACCAACAGCUAUGAAUCAUUUGGAUAUCAAGACCAUGAUGCCUUUCAUGGUAAAGCUGAGUGGCCAAGGCUUUGAACAUCUCUUAGAUUCAUUUCUCUGAAGGGGCAUACAUAGAAAUCCAUCACCAAUAUAGACCUCUCAAUGAAUCAAAAUAUAGUUAAAACUGACCACCUCCUGAGAGAUAUGGGCUAUUUGAAUCAUAGUAGCCAAAGUCCAGCUUUAUCUCAAUGUACAUUGCCUAAUAUUUUAAAAAUUUAUUAACACUUCUCUUUAAAAAAAACUAUCCAGGCUUACAAUGUUAUAGAUUCUUCUAAGAAUACUGUGAAUAAAUAUUGUAGAGUUUCUACAUUUUGCUAAUUGUUUACUAUCAUAUGAAUAUGAAAUGUACUGAAAAGUACUUUAGCAGAUGUUCUUCAAUGGACAGGAGGUGCAUAUUAUGAAAGUUGAAAGGGAUGGCAGUUCUGGAAUUCAUGUGUUGUUUGGUACAGUAGUUUUGGCAAAGUUGUUUCUGUUUGGUUCCCUGCUUACUUCCUCAAUCACUCAACCCUCAAUCACAGCACUGGCUGGAUCAGCCGAACCAAUGUUAUUUAUAAUUGUAGAAUGAGUCAUGAAUCAAUGCAAGUGAUCAGUGAACCGGUGCAAAUCAUCAAGUCACUAAUGAACGAACAUCUUUUAUUUUCACACCCACCCCAGCUUGUUAUUUGUAAAAAUGCAAAUUCUAAUAUUUGACUUCCUGUGUAACCAUUGGACUUUUGGGACAAUAUUAUGUCAGUUUUAUUUUUCCUGCUUUGCUAUAUUAAGUCUGGAUGAUGUGGAACUGUACAGAGAAUGUUGGCAGGGUGCUAAAUCACAAGUAUUUGAAUGGAGAAAGUUAAUUAUCCAAAUCCCAAGUUUGGAUUUUGUUUUAAAACUGCCAAGCAAUUGUUAUUUAUAAUUUGUACUAAGUAGUGAAUAUUUAAUAUAAAAUAACUUUUUUUAAAAGGCAUUUUGAUGCACAUGGAAUUUGACAAUUGCGUGGUCUUGGGAGAUGAGACGGUAAUAUUAGCAAAUUAUUUUGAAUAACAAGUUAGAAAAGUUUACUAUACAGUUCACUGAAGUAAGUUAUGAUUAACCUAAGUGAAUUUCUUGGGCAUUGAUUGUACCCUUAUAUUUUAAACAGGUUUAUCCA